UAUCUUGGUAUUUGUUUUCUCUUUUAUUAAUAUUUGGCUUUGCUGUUUGACCGAGCAUUAUCAGCUUUUGUUGCUUUGCUUUCGUCUGUUCUACGCCUUCCACUUCCGGCAAUUUUCUUUGGUGGGGUCAUCAAAUCUUGUUGAAGAGGCACUAUCAGACUCCAGGUUUUGCAGGAAAGGAUUGAUCGGAUGGUCUUAAUCGUCGUUUCAGGACAUCGAAUAUCUCAUCCUUCGAUAGGGUUGAGUAUUGCAUUUUUAUUCCAAAAAUAUUAAUUUAGUUCCACCUGAGGACCGUUUCUGCUUGAAUCAAGUUUAAAGACCUACCGUUCGAUAAACUCGGCGUCUUCAUGCGUACUUUCGGCCUUCCGUUCUGCUGAAAAAGUGGCAUAUUGAUAAGCCUAAUGUGUAUAACGUUAAUGAGCAUGAACAUGUUACAGAGACUGAGGGUUGUGAGUCCCCAUUGGAGGAUUGUAUAUUGAGCUUUAGGAGAGGAAAAGCAGAGACUUUCCUCGUUGAAUACACAACUAAAAGAGAGAUAAGCGUGACAAUAGGAACGUGGAACGUUGCGGGAAGACAUCCGUAUGGACCUCUUGAUAUUGGCGAAUGGCUUUGCACACAAGAAUCUGCAGACAUGUAUGUAAUCGGUUUCCAAGAGGUGGUUGCUCUGAAUGCCGGAAAUGUGUUAGGUGCAGCAGAUAGCAGCCCAAUCCCAAAAUGGGAGACUACCAUUUACAGAACCCUUAAUCAGAUUCAGAGAGGGCAAACGGAGGACAAAGGCUAUGCUCCCCACUCACCAGUACUAUCUUCUGCUGCCGAUGAGCAUGAUGACGGCGUUCAGAUUCCCAACAAAGAUUUGAUAAGCGGCAACCGUCCAUGCUCUCCUGGACUUGACGGAGUUAACGGAUCAUGGUGGCCAGAAUAUCCAACGCGUUCAGCUGUGCAAGAUUUUAACCACGAAACAUCUUCCGAUAUUCAAGUGGAUAAAUGGAGUGAUGCAGCUGAACAGGAACGCAAUAUGCUUUGUCCCAGAUAUGUACGCCUAAUCGGCAAGCAGAUGGUCGGAAUAUACGUCUCGAUAUGGGUCCAUCAGAAACUGAGAAGGCACAUAAACAAUCUGAAGGUUUCUCCAGUUGGAGUUGGCCUCAUGGGCUAUGUCAGAAACAAGGGCUCUGUUUCAGUCAGCAUGUCUCUAUUCCAGACAAAAUUGUGCUUCGUUUGUUCUCACCUGACAUCUGGCCAAAAGGAUGGUCAUAGAGAACGUCGCAACCGCGAUGUUAGUGAAAUAUUGCGGCGUACAAAAUUCCCUUCUGCAACUGAUGCUGAACAGCCAAAAACAAUCCCUUCACACAAUCAAAUCUUCUGGUUUGGGGACUUAAAUUACCGCCUCGACAUGGGUGAUGCAGAAGUACGGCAGCUUGUUGCUGAGAGGCGAUGGGAUGAGCUCAUCAAGAAUGAUCAGUGCAGCUUUACAGAGAGAUGGGGACGGGUUGCAUAUUUGAUGGAUGGAAGGAGGGACGGAUAUAUUUUGCUCCAACUUACAAGUAUAAAUUCAAUUCAGAUAAAUAUUCUGGUGAAGCUACAAAGGAAGGAGAGAAGCAUCGGUCACCUGCCUGGUGUGACCGCAUCCUCUGGUUUGGGAAAGGAAUCAGACAGAUUUCUUACACUACAGCAGAACUCAAGCUAUCUGAUCAUCGACCUGUUAGUUCCAUGUUCUUGUUGGAGGUCGAUGUCCAGCACAGGCUUUCAUUCAGUUGACAAUCUCGCUGACAGGGACACUGAAAAUGAUGCAUCCCCAAUUUUAAUAUCCAAACUUCCAAAGCCCAAAUUCAUUCAAUUUGAAGCAGAAUUAAUCCCUUAACACCGUUAUGCUCUGUGUGCACCAUCAAAAUGCCAUUGUUGGUCCAGGCGUUUGAUUCCUGCGCAGGCAACGUCCAACUCCCAUUUCCUUCCAGGAAGACCCUCCGGUAGCGGUUGACCGUGGGCUGCCGACGGAUUCUUCCUAUCGAUCUCGUGCUUCAAACGAUUGCUAAUGUCAAUUUUAAUUGACCAAGUUCAUGUCCUUUCUUCCGAUUUAAAGCUCUUCACCCAGUUGUUUUGUGCUUUUGAAUGGAACUGUAAUUAACUUUAUUUUUACAUUUUUUUUAUUGAUUGAUACCUCCAUCAAAUUUGACAUAUUUCGGCCGUCGAUCUUGUGA